AUGAGGGCCCACAAAAGGGGGUGGGCUUUCCCAAACAAACAAAACAAACGCUUUCCCUUUCUCUCGUCUCCGUUCCCCAAACUCAUCCACCUUCUUUGCCCAAAACACAACCAACUCUCUGCUACCACUACGUCUGACCUAUCUCCAACAUCCAACCAAUCCUCCUUUUCUCCCUCACUUCUACUCUUUCCUUCGACUAUUUUCGAUACCCUCUCUCUCGAACUCUAUCUACGCACACACACUCUCCUCCUUCAGUCUUGUUUUUCUUCGGUACGCGUUACCAUCCAGAAUAAAUCAAUCACAAUGGGUCACGAAGAUGCUGUUUACCUCGCUAAGCUCGCCGAGCAGGCUGAGCGCUACGAAGAGAUGGUUGAGAACAUGAAGGUUGUCGCCUCCUCAGACCAAGAAUUGUCCGUCGAAGAGCGGAAUUUGCUUUCUGUCGCCUACAAGAACGUCAUCGGUGCCCGCCGUGCCUCUUGGAGGAUCGUUACCUCGAUCGAGCAAAAGGAGGAGUCCAAGGGCAAUGAGUCUCAGGUCACAUUGAUCAAGGAGUACCGUCAGAAGAUCGAGACCGAGUUGGCCAAGAUCUGCGAAGACAUCCUCGAAGUUUUGGACAAGCACUUGAUUCCUUCUGCUCAAACUGGCGAAUCCAAGGUCUUCUACCACAAGAUGAAGGGUGACUACCACCGCUACUUGGCUGAGUUCGCCAUUGGCGACCGCCGCAAGGCUUCCGCCGAUGCCUCCCUUGAGGCUUACAAGGCUGCCACCGAGGUCGCCCAGACUGACCUUGCUCCUACCCACCCCAUCCGUCUCGGACUUGCCCUUAACUUUUCCGUUUUCUACUACGAGAUCCUCAACUCUCCCGACCAAGCCUGCCACUUGGCCAAGCUUGCUUUCGACGAUGCUAUUGCUGAACUCGACACCUUGAGCGAGGAGAGCUACAAGGACUCCACUCUCAUUAUGCAGCUCCUCCGUGACAACUUGACUCUCUGGACCUCUUCUGAGGCUGAGACCGCCGCUGAGCCCGCUGCCGCUGAGAAGAAGGAGGAAGCCCCCGUCCCUUCAACUGAAGCUCCCGCUGCCGAGUAA